AUCCUGUCGCUGCCAUUCUCUUGGCGGAGGCCUCUGGGGUUCCAGGCGGGUGGCAGCUGCAGGCCGGCUGCCCUGCUCUCGGGAUGGACUGGCCACACAGCCUGCUGUUCCUUCUCACCAUCUCCAUCUUCCUGGGGCUGGGCCAGCCCAAGAGCCCCAAAGGCAAGAGAAAGGGGCAAGGACGGCCUGGGACACUGGCCCCCGGGCCUCACCAGAUGCCUCUCGACCUGGUGUCACGGGUGAAGCCAUAUGCCCGCAUGGAGGAAUAUGAGCGGAAUCUUGGGGAGAUGGUGGCCCAGCUGAGGAACAGCACAGAGCCGACCAGGAAGAAGUGUGAGGUCAACUUGCAGCUGUGGCUGUCAAACAAGAGGAGCCUGUCUCCCUGGGGCUACAGCAUCAACCACGACCCCAGCCGCAUUCCCGCGGACCUGCCGGAGGCUCGGUGCCUGUGUCUGGGCUGCGUCAACCCCUUCACCAUGCAGGAGGACCGCAGCAUGGUGAGCGUGCCUGUGUUCAGCCAGGUGCCCGUUCGCCGCCGCCUGUGUCCGCUGCCGCCCCGCUCCGGGCCCUGCCGCCAGCGCGCCGUCAUGGAGACCAUCGCCGUGGGCUGUACCUGCAUCUUCUGAGGGCCCAGGCUGGGGCCCCCCUGCCCCCACAGGCCAAGUCAGGCCAAUGAAAAGUAAACGCUAUGUUUUGUAAAGCAGAAUGUUGGGUUUGCUCCUUGCGGCUCUCAAGCCAAUACGAGAGUGGGAGGCGGCUCCUGGGAGGAAGAUUUCAGAUAAAUGUCGGGCACUGAGAUAGGGUAUUUCAUUCAUCUACCACAGAGCAUUCACCAACCAAUAAAGAGCCAA